CUGGGUGUGUGAAAAUGGCAAGUGCACCACGCGUUUCUGGAUUAUAAAGAUCUCUUUCAUCUUCUAUUCUAUUUUUUACAUUACGGAAGAAGAUAAGCAAGCUGGGAACCUCUGCUCAAUAACAAACACGUUUGGGUGUCGGGCAAGAAAGCCAAGGUCAGGGCUGCCCUCAUGACGUCUCCCUCUUCUCAAUCCUCUGUGAUUAUACAAGCAGCCACAUGGAAAACCGGCGCUGUCAGCAUCUUCCACAACCCAAUGGCCAGCCAGGAGAGGCCCCAGCUGAAGCGCGGUCUUCUGAAUGUGAGUCUCCAUUGCUGUCAGAUGCCACCUCACUAAUCUCCCUCAACCAAACAGAGGAGUUGUUUGAUCUGAUAGCCAGCUCACAGAGCCGCAGACUGGAUGAUCAGAGGGCCAGUGUAGGAGAUCAGCUGGGCAUCACGAUAGCACAAAACAGCAUUGGUCAUCUUUGUGAAGCCUGUAAUCCACAAGAGCUUAGUGACGAAUUCUUUAACAUGCUCAUAAAAUAUCAGUCAUCCCGGAUCAAUGACCAGAGGUGCUCACUCCCUCCAGUUCCGGAUCCAGAUGAGGACUUUUUCAGUCUCAUUCAAAGAGUACAGGCUAAACGAAUGGAUGAACAGAGAGUCUCCUUCCAUCCUGAUGAAAAUGAUGCCACAGACUCUGAACCCCAGUCCAAGCCAACCAGUUAAAGACUGUGGUAUUUAAGAGUGAAAUUUUGGUGCUGUGUUUAAGCACUGACAUUGAUAAACUGUUCUUGGUAUAGAUCUCUAUACUAAGGUCCGGGUGGACUUUGGUGUAACUAGUUGACCUCAAAACAUGGCCCAGAUUUGUAGCAUAAAGUCUGGAACAUUUUUUAUGUUAAAGCACAUUUUUAUGUCUUAUCUCUUCACAGGUCUCAUUAACAGGUCCUUUGUGCUCUAACAUGGCCAGUUUUGUGAGUUUAAAUGAAUGUAUUACAAUAGGAAACAUUGCCAAUUGUGUAUGUAUCUAUUAGAAAACUAGCAACUAGAAAACAGGCCUAAAGAUUAUUAGACCAUUAGACCAUGUUGUCUGAGGGAAUUGGGAACGGAGUAUGCUCUAUUUGUUUAGAUUCCAAGUGAACAAACUACUAUGGAAAAUUAACAUGUUAAUAAUUUAAAUGGUAAUUAUACUAACUUUCAGUGUCACAACUGACACAACAACUGUCACACAUUUUCAAGUCAAGUGAAAAAUAAUUCCCCACCUGUAGGUACUGUGAAUACGAAUCUAUUGUUUCAUAGCAGAGGGAAAUGAUAAAUUUUGCAUAGGGUAACCUCUCAUGGGACCCCAGGGUCAUUUGGCUUCAAUAAACUCAAUAUACAAUAAAUAGAAGGAAGACUGACAAAAACAAAUACUUAGCUACAAA